GCUCAUUGAGUGGGCGAUGUAUCUUAAAUAAGUUCAGAAGUUUAAGGAGGUGUGGCAUAACUCGCUUUGGAUCCACAACUUACACUUGGAGAUGGGAGUGGUUUCAGAUAACGGUAUCACAGGGAGUCUUAUUUUAACUGUUUUUAUUACGUGUAUUGGAUCGUCAUUUCUUAUCGGUUACAAUCUUGGUGUUUUGAAUCUACCGAGAAAGAAUAUUGAAACAUAUUUCAAUGAGACAAUUGUUCCAAAUACUCCAGAAUUAGAUGCAAACUUCUUCUAUACCCAUGUCAGUACAAUCUUUGUAGUUGCUGCUGCAAUAGGAGCAUUCAGUUGUGGUUGGGUGGCUGAUGGACUUGGUCGACGGAAUGGUUUAAUACUCAAUAAUGUUAUUGGCAUUAUCGGUGGUGUUAUUGUUGGUCCUUGUGUACUUGUCAAACAACCUGCAUUAUUAUAUGUUGGUCGUUUUGUUAUUGGUAUUAAUAGUGGUAUUACAAUUGGUAUAGCUUCACUUUAUUUAACUGAAGUGGCACCACGUGAUCUACGUGGUGGUAUUGGAGCUUGUCAUCAGUUAGCUGUAACCGUUGGUAUUGCUUUCUCCUAUUUCAUCACAUUCUCAUUCUUUUUGAACACAAUCAAUCUAUGGCCACUUGCUGUUGCAUUGGGUGCAGUUCCAGCCGCUAUAUCAUUGUUCACUUUACCAUUUUGUCCAGAAAGUCCACGAUUUUUGUAUAUGAAAAAAAAUAAAGAAACUGAAGCACGUAAAGCAUUUUUAAAAUUGAAUGUAAAAGAAAAUAUUGAUACAUUUAUUGGUGAAUUACGUGAAGAAAUGGAAGUUGCAAAAAAUCAACCAGUUUUUAAAUUUACACAAUUAUUCACUCAACGUGAUCUUCGAAUGCCAGUAUUGAUUGCUUGUUUAAUACAAGUUUUACAACAAUUGUCUGGAAUUAAUGCGGUUAUAACUUAUUCAUCACUUAUGUUAGAAUUGGCCGGUAUUCAGGAAACAUACUUGCAAUACUGUGUUUUUGCUAUUGGAGUUCUCAAUGUUGUUGUAACUGUUGUCUCGCUACCUUUGUUGGAACGUGCUGGACGUAGAACUUUAUUAUUAUGGCCUACAGUCUCAUUAGCUUUAUCUUUGCUAUUACUAACUAUAUUUGUCAAUUUGGCUGAUUCAGGUCCAAGUAGUACAAAAACGGCAAUGGGCAUAGUAUCGAUCGUUUUGAUUUUAGUUUAUAUAUGCAGUUUUGCACUUGGCUUAGGUCCAGUUCCUGCUUUAAUUGUAUCAGAAAUAUUCAGACAAGGUCCACGUGCUGCUGCAUAUUCACUUAGUCAAUCGAUUCAAUGGUUAUCAAAUCUAAUUGUAUUAUUCAGUUAUCCUCUUAUACAGAAAAACAUCGGUGGAUAUUCAUUUCUACCCUUCCUUGUGGUCGUUGUCAUUUGCUGGAUCUUCUUUUUCCUGUUUAUGCCAGAAACUAAAAAUCGAACAUUUGAUGAAGUUGCUCGUGAUCUAGCAUUUGGAAAUAUUGUUGUAGGCAAGCGUACUACAGCUUUGGAAGAUCGUAAUCUCACUAUAUUCACAAAACAAGGCAAUACUGAUGGUCCAGCUUCUGAAUCAUUACUUUAUUCUCGACCUGAAAAUGACAAAGGUAUAUAUGCAUAGAGGAGUAUGUUCAUAAUUCAAUGAAUAGAUGAAAUGAUAGAGAGACCAUGUUGAAUUUUAUAGUCUAGGGAAUUAGUGUUUACAUCUCCCUUUUUUUUAAUAUUUGUGUAUAAUUUCACUUCACUUACCAAUGUUACAACACAUGCAUACAAUCUUCAUCUAUCUGGUUAUUUUCAUUAAUUUUAAUUAAAUUUUGUCACAAAACAUACUUGACAAUGAUUUUCAAAUGUCUAUAUAUAUAUAUAUAUAUAUAUAUAUAUAUAUAUAUAUAUAUGAUAUUUGUGUGUUGUGCAUUCUUUGUCACUUAUCUUCUCAUCGUUCAGUUUUCUUUUAAAAUCGAUCAAUAUUAUUAUUGUUAUUAUUGUUACUGCUAUUAUUACCAUGAUUAUCAUUAUUAUUAAACACCAUAAAUAUUAUUAUAUGAUCUUUUCAUUUGAGGCAACCACUAAGCCUCAUUAUGAUUUCGCUCUUUUUAUAUUUCCGCUUAAUUUGUAUGCAGCGUCUUUUGUUGGCUUACUUUUGUUUUUGUACUGUGCGCAUAAUCAUUCUACAAAGGAGCAAUAUCAAAUAUAUCACACUAGACAAACAAACAAACAAAAGAAAACAGAAUGAACAUUGAAUUUUAAAUUGACAUUGUUUCUCACCCAUUGUUUCUUGCUUCAGUUUUUUUCUUCUUCUUACAUACAUUUUACCUGGUGACAUUGUUUUUAUUCAACAAAGUUUGAAUGAAAAUUUUGAUCUCUGACAAAUUAUUAUGAUUAUGAUUAUUAUUAUUAUUGUGGCCAUC